ACUGCCCCCUUCCCCGGCGCCCGCCCCCCACCCCCGCGCCCCAGGUGAACCCUGGGGGUCUCAGGUAAGGCUCCGCGAUGCAGGUAAGAUCCCCCCCGGCAUAGACAAGGCCUCGGCGCCUCCAGGUAAGAUCCCCUCCCCACCCAGUUGACCCUCCACCUUUCAGUGAGGCCUCCUGCCUUCCCCAGGUGAGGGAUCCUCUCCCCAGGUGAACUCCCUCUACGUCCAGCGAAGUCGCCCCACCCCCGGCAGUUCCGAUGAGGUUCUAAGGACCAUACAAUUCCUGACCCCUCCGUGCUCCCCCUAAACGGAGAGCUGACAGUUCAUCCACUCUAGAGCCCCUUCGUCCAGCUUCACUUGCCAGGCACUGGGCUCCCUCUGCUCCCCGUGGGCCGCUCCCCGCGUGGGGCCACUGCCCCCGGCCCCCGCCAUGGUGCGGAUUUCAAAGCCCAAGACGUUUCAGGCCUACUUGGAUGAUUGUCACCGGAGGUAUAGCUGUGCCCACUGCCGUGCUCACCUGGCCAACCACGACGACCUCAUCUCCAAGUCCUUUCAGGGCAGCCAGGGGCGUGCCUACCUCUUCAACUCUGUGGUGAACGUGGGCUGCGGGCCAGCCGAGGAGCGGGUGCUGCUGACGGGCCUCCAUGCUGUCGCUGACAUCCACUGCGAAAACUGCAAGACCACUUUGGGCUGGAAAUAUCUUCUGUUGCCAUUCAGAGGAUCAGAGAAGUUGCCCAAGGCCCCACAGCAACAUGGAGCGUGGAACAGGCCUUCGAGAGCAGCCAGAAGUACAAAGAGGGGAAGUACAUCAUUGAACUCAACCACAUGAUCAAAGACAAUGGCUGGGACUGACCCUGGCUCCUGACGCCUGUGGCUCCAGCCCGGCCUGGCCGCCAGGGGGCGCCACGGGCUUGCCUCCAUCCGAAGGGAGCUCUGGACCUCAGGGCCCCUGCCGAGGAAGGAUCCUGUACAUAUAUUUUAUUGCAUGCACUGUGACCUUGGUGGGAGAUCAGAAGGUGGACAAGGUGGACGACACCCCCGCACCUCCCUGCGAUCUGGCUGGCUUGGAUCUCGUUUUUAACCCCUUCCUGCCCUGCCUGCCCUAUAGACAUGGCCUGUGUGCUGCUCUCUUGGCCCCAGUGCGCCAUCUGCCCUGUGAACUUCUCCUCCCACCGGGCCCCUCUUACCCCACGCGUGUCUGCUCCCCUUGUUCUGUAGCGUUUGUACAUAAUAAAACAAUGAAGUGGA